CAGAGGUGUGAAGCUGUCACUUUUAAAAGGUCGGAGCAGAAUGCCAUUCAAGUUCGCAUGCUGGACCAUUUCAUUCAGUGGCUGACCCACUUCUCCACUGCAACCUGCCAGAGAACGUGACCAGUGGCAUCGAUAAUGAGAAUCAGAAGUAAGAGUGUUGCUCGCUCUCACAGACAUAGACGCACACGCGCGCACACAAAGCAGACAAAAUUCAAUUUGGGGACACUACUUGUGUCACAAGUUGGUGGAAAAGCUGAUUAAAAAGUGUUCAAGGCUAGAAUCAGUCUAAUGUUUACUAUGGUUAACAAUAGUUAAUCCUACAUUUGAUUGAGCUCUGAAUAUUAAGGUCUCUUCCUUUUUAGUUUUUCCUUGUUCUCAUUGAGCGUCUAAGGUUGGUUGGGUGACGUUUUCAUUUAAUGUGGGUACUACAACCCUCAGUCCAAAAAAAGAACCUCGCAAAUCAUCACAUGUACUAUUGUGAUGAUUAAAUUCAUAAAGUAGUAAAACAAAUGUGUAAAAACAAUGGAAACAAAUGUGGAGCCAGAAGUCUACUGGCUGACCUCCAAGUGCACUUGUCAAGAUGCCCACUAACCUCAUGGACUCUCGAAUUUCUCUCUCUCUCUCUCUCUCUCUCUCUCUCUCUCUCUCUCUCUCUCUCUCGCUCUCGCUCUCUGGCUCUCUGUCUCUCUCUCUCUCUCUCAUUCUGGGACAUAAUCAAUGUUUCCACGGGUCUCAUGCUUUCUUUUCACACAUUCACACAGUUAUAAAUCUUUGUUUUCUGCUCUUAGUCUCUUUGCAGCUUCAUUCACAUGUUCUCAUUAAAUAAAGUCACAAUAUUCGUUCCUGGGAGAACUCAAUCACCCCCAUUCCCCACUGACUUGAUCAGUUAUUAUUAGGCGCCAACAACAAAGAUGACCAUCUUUCCCCAUUAUACGGUCAUACUUAUUGAUAGUGCUGAUAAAGGAUUUUUUUAAAACAUUGUUGGUCUGAUUAGAAUCAGGAUUUAGUAACUGAUUAAGUAACAGUCAAUAGAGAUAAAAAUCAUACAAUUUUGGGGCAGAUGGGGCUCUCGCAUGCUGCCAGGCUAGUGUGGGCAGCCACUGAUGGAGGCUUGAGUCGUCCUGCAGUGGCCCCAGGUUUGGUUCCAACCUGGCUAUUUCCUAUUCCCAUUCUUGUGAACACAGUGAGGGAAUUUCUACAAAUUUGGUACAAACAUUCAAACUUGGUCUAAUUGAAUCACUGAUUGGAUUUGGGUGGUUUAGGUUUAGGUCACAAAAUAUGAUUUUGGCCUGUUGAAUGUGAUAUCUCAUGUGAAUUUCUUCAUAUUUUAAUCAGUUGUCAGUUGGAGUCAAAGAUUAAUUGAUUAGAUUUUGAUGGUCAAAGGUCACAGUGACCUCAUAUGAGUCAGAAAAAGACUGAAAUGCACUGAUUGGCAGAGGCAAACAACCGUAAGGCGGUAAAUCUAGUAUUUAAUUAUUCCAGAAAAUUUUGACUCCUUAAUAAUUGUAUCAGAACUGGCUCUCAAAAAUCCAUAUUGGUCAGGGUCUAAUAAGAAAGAAAAGGGGUUUGUUCCCCUACUGAGUGCAAAGCGCAUUAAUCACCAAUAGAAAUGUUUUUUAAUGUCCUGUAUAUAAUGUACAUGAACAUAUAUCUGUGUAUGUUGGUGAACGUAGCCCAGGUUAGUUUUCAAUCAUCUUAAGACUCUUAAAACUGUCUCUGGUCAACAAGUCUGAAAACACCAGGUUCUUGCUGUUGAUUUAUCAAGAGUCCUUUCUGUCUCAUGUCACUACACCCGACAGGAAAAUAUCAUAUUUUACACUAAAUACCAGCUGCUGAUCACAGCCACAACAAAGCAGCUAUACACUGAGUACAUAUCCACGGUGCAUUUUCGCACGGCUGUACAUUUCCUCACUGUCUGCCUCCCACAGCUUCCCACAGCUUCUAUCUUUUAUCUAAACGCUCUUUGUCUCGUGAUUUCUCACUGUCGUCUUCUUGUGUCUGAUAUGUGACAUUCAAGGCUGUGUGUGAGUGUGAGUGUGAGUGUGAGUGUGUGCGUGUGCGUGUGCGUGUGCGUGUGCGUGUGUGUGCGUGUGUGUGUGUGCGUGCGUGCGUGCGUGUGUGUGUGUACAUGAAAACUGCAUUAUGUGUGUGUGCGGUUACUUUUGUCAGCAUGUGACUUUUCCUCUGGGGAAACAUUUCUGUGGAAAAAUAAUGUGAUGGUUACAUCCUCUUUGAUUACACAUAGAUCUGCUUCUCCUCGCUGAAUUGUAGUACAAUAAUUAAUGUCUGGUUUUCAGCAGCCACAGGAAAGCCUUUGAGUCACUGGCAUUUUAAAGCUGAAAGAAAAAGUGGUUUCAUUCCCAAAAGAAUGUUGAGUCCUGUGCAGUCGCUGUGUGUCUCCUGAUGGAGGUCAUUUUCUUAUCCAGAUAACCUUCCCGAUACUGAUCCCAUUAACUGGACUUUGCGUAUUUGCCGAUAUCGAGUACCGAUCCGAUAUAACUUGUAUAAUGUAUUUUAACAGCCGCAUACUAACCCUGUGUGGAAGUGAUUUCUACCAUUGUUGUAUGGCUUUGCUCAAGUCAAACCCUUUGAAAAACAAAUGCAUAAUGAAUUUCAUAGAAUGAAUGUCACAGAACUAAUGUCCAGCAUACGGCACAUGUCACUGUUGUGGGACUUUCCAGUGUGAAAAGUUGCAGAACUGCUGUGAAAACAGUACUUGCCAGCGGCAGUUCAAUGCAAUUACUGUUUUGGCGUGGCAAAGCAGAAGGGCUCUUUCUGAAUGGAUGCAACAGCGGCACUUUUCCAUGUUAUGCGCCGCGCAAGCAGCUCGACGAGCCACGAUGUGCACCGUGAAGAACACUCAUGCGACCAGUAGAGAUGAAGCUGCCAGCCAGACACAAAAUUAUCAAUGGAGCAAAAGCACAUAUUGUGUGGGUCUGAAUCCCCCGAGAAAUAUUUAAUUAUUUUGCGCACUCCGCCCAUUUUGUGCUGAACCGUCAAACAUAGCGCACAUCGUGUUCCACGUGAAAGAGCCUGAAGAAGUGAUAUCUGAGAAAAGAAAAAUUCCAGCUCUUAUCUGGGUGAAACGUAUAUAUUUUAAAGACGUGGCAUCAGAUUGGUACAUAGAUUUGUGUACUCGUCGAUACCUGACCUGGUGUUUUCAGCAACAUAAAAUGAUUUCAACAAUCUUGGUGUUUUCUUUGAUAUUUCUUCUUCAAAUCCCUUUGUUGUGCUUGUAUCCUCUGAAAUACCCAUUGUGUUUAAGCCCAAGGCUGCUUAGUUAGUCACCUGAACAAAUACAUCAAAACAAUCUGCUUCUAUUCCAGUGAGGCCUUAAUGAAGACUGAUUCAAACUGAGCACCUCGUUUUACCUUCAAGCACAACAACUUCAUUAUUGUGUUCUUUCAGAUUGGGCUUGUUUUUAUCAUAGGUCAAAUAAACGAUGCACGUGAAUAAUACAUUUAGUCAAUUAACACAAUUAGCAUUUAUGGUUCAAAAGACAAAUUAAGUCAUAUGAAGACCUCACCUUGGACUCUGUUGCGUUCUGAUUGACAUCUUUCUCUAUUUUGAAUAGACUGAAUGUCGGAUACUCUUUUUAUUUUCACAGAAAUUCAUGGUGUGUGUGUGUGUGUGUGUGUGUGUGUGUGUGUGUGUGUGUGUGUGUGUGUGUGUGUGUGUGUGUGUGUGUGUGUGUGUGUGUGUGUGUGUGUGUGUGUGUGUGUGUGUGUGUGUGUGUGUGUGUGUGUGUGUGUGUGUGUGUGUGUGUGUGUGUGUGUGUGUUCACCUCACACAGCCCUGUUCCCGCUGAUCUGACCGUGAGACAGAGGAUGCGUCUGUGAACCCAAAGCCCCAUAAACACUUGCUCAAAUGCUCUCAGUCUGUUGUUGGUUGGGGUAGCAAGCGACACAGUGAAAGAGAGAAAGAGAGAGAGAGUGUGUGUUGGUGAGCUCAGAGCGGGGAUGGGGGGAGGAGGGGCUCUCAGACUCCACAACAACGCCAGCGAGAGUGAGACUGUUGAGGGGAGAGAGAAUGCGGCAGAAGGAGCGAGCAGACUGUCAGUGGCCAACUCUGGGAGACAGGGAUACAGACGGAUUCACUCCUCUUCUUUUCUGGCUUCUCCCCUCUUUGUGUGUUUUGUUUCAUUGCUUCUAUCACUCUGAACACCUUUGCUCUCAAUCUUUCUCUGCCUCUCUUCCUCCAGCCGCUGAUUCCCUCUCUCCCUGCAGUCUUUAUUCCUCUGUCCUACAUCCAGACUUGCUCUUCUCUGCUCUCCCUCCUCUUUCUAACCUAUGACUACCUGACAGUGAGCUUCCACUUCUGUCAUCUCUCUUCCUCUUCCUGUUUAUCUUUCCCUCCAUUCUCCUUUUUCUCUCUUUUAUUUUAAUUUUCUUUGCACUUGUCCGUGAUCCAUCUGACUUUGUGUGCUGUGAGGAUGCCAGUGUUAGAGGGGCUCUGGGGCCCAGAUCUCAGGAUGCGAGACUCUGGUCUUGGCGUUGGGGUCGAUGUCGGGGUCUGUCCGGACGAAGAUUCCGGCUCGCCAGUGUGGGGUCCCCUCAGGACUCCUCCGGUCACCUGUGGGGGCCUGUCGCUGGCCCUGGAACUUCCCGCUCUCAUACGGCAGCUCAGGGCGGCCUGGAGGGCACGCAGGGGAGGCCCGCGGGGGUCAGAGAGAAGCGAGGCCAGCUCUUGGGUGGAGGCAGAUAAGGAGGUGGAGACCGAGGAGUUGAAGCAGGAUGUAGAAGACAGGAGCGCAAUUCUGGAAGCUGAUGGCAGACUGAGCACUGGUCAUGCUGGUGUGUUGCUGGCUGAGAGACGAGGCUCCUACCCUCUGAUCGACCUCCGCUUCCUGAAAACCAGUCUCCAGCGAGAGGAGGUGGAGUCCGGCACCAGGAAGAAGGUCACACGUCAGCUGAGCUUCCAGAGAUACUGCCACGCCUCCCGGCUGCUCAGGGGGCUGGUGCCCCCCACCCCCGGGUCCCUACACCUGCUGGACGACGACUACCUGGGACAGGCUGCGCACAUGUUAUCAAAGGUUGGCACAUGGACCUUUGACAUUUUCCUCUUCGAUCGUCUAACGAAUGGAAACAGCCUGGUGACUCUGAUGUGCCAUCUCUUCAAUGUCUACGGUCUCGUUCAUCACUUCCAGCUGGACAUGGUCAAGCUGCACAGGUUUCUGGGUAUGGUGCAGGAAGACUACCACUCCCAGAAUCCCUAUCACAACGCCGUUCAUGCAGCUGACGUCACUCAAGCCAUGUACUGCUACCUGAAGGAGCCCAGGCUGGCAGAGCAGCUGAGCCUCCUGGACGUGUUCCUGGGUCUGAUGGCAGCAGCCGCCCACGAUGUCGACCAUCCCGGAGUCAACCAGCCCUUCCUCAUCAAGACCAGACACCACCUGGCAUCUCUCUAUCAGAACACGUCUGUGCUGGAGAGUCACCACUGGAGGUCGACGGUGGGCAUGCUGCGAGAGUCAGGACUGCUGUCUCACCUGCCUGCUGACAUGUCGCUGGACAUGGAGCAGCAGCUGGGCUCUCUCAUUCUGGCGACAGACAUCAGCCGGCAGAAUGAGUUCCUGUCGACCUUCAGAGAACAUCUGGACAACCAGGACCUGGACCUUCAGCUGGCUUCACACAGGCAUUUUAUGCUGCAGAUUGCCCUGAAGUGUGCAGACAUCUGUAACCCGUGUCGGGUUUGGGAGCUUAGCAGACAGUGGAGUGAGAGAGUGUGUGAGGAGUUCUACAGACAGGGUGACCUGGAGAGAAAGUUUGACCUGGAAAUCAGUCCUCUUUGUAACCAGCAGGUGGACUCUGUCCCAGCCAUACAGACAGGUUUUAUCUCAUACAUUGUGGAGCCUCUGUUUGAGGAGUGGCAGCGUUUCACUGAGCCCAGCCUGCUCAGCCGGACCAUGAUGGGUCACCUGCAGAAGAACAAAGCCCGCUGGAGCCGCCUGCGACACGCACAGACAACAUUAGACACACAGACGCACCCUUCUGAUGACGAGCCCGAAGGAGGAGGUGGAGAGAACAUCCCUUAAUCUUCUUCCUGUUUCUCGGGGUGUUUUCAUCUUCCUUUGUCAGUGGAGCAGAGGAGUGUUUGGCAAACCUCCUUGUUUGUCCUCCAGCGUAUUUCCUCCCACUCCUGGGUGUGCACAGUGGGAGCACAGGAUGGGAGUCUGGCCUGGAUUAGUGAGAUAUGGCUCCCUCUGCUGGUGCAGAGGAUUAUAGCACUGCAGGGAAAUAAAGACGGGGACAAAUCAAUGAUUGAGGAAAAAAGGACGGAUUAUUUUUGGUAAAUAGAUGCCAAUUCGACAAAGUAACGUCACGCUCUGAAACCGUGUGAAAUCAGCUUCACAUUUACAGAGACGUGGUUAUAGAAGUGAAAGGUAGCGACCGAUGACAGAAGAGGGAUCAGCAGAGACAAAUUUGCACAUUGCUGCCAGAACAAUAAAGAAAAGCCAAAAGUAUAUACGAUUCUAACAAGUCAGCUGGACUGCUCUAUAACACGUGUUAUGAAAUAUAUGGAUAUAUCGACUUUAAUGUGCUUUUUAAUCUUUUAGAUGACACAUAUUCAACUCUUUUCACUUCUCUCCUUUUGUACAGCUCGCACUUCGGUUGGAUGCUCCACGUUUCACUGAAGUGCGUUUUAACUCUGAGCACUGACUUGGUACGUCAAGGUAUCGUAAGGUUGUUUUCUGUUUUAUCCUCACUGACACAAAGUGGCUUCAGCUGAGCCGCUCAGACUCUGAUUACCAAUCGUCACCAGGAUGUCGUCGGCCUCGGGCUGACUCACAGUUGUGGACAACACAGGCGAGAGCCUUUUUUUCUUUUGUUACAAACAGAGCAAUCUGUACAUACUGUGAUGUACGACCACAGCUCUUCACAUGCCAAAAUAUCCAGCCAUGUAUAAACCUUGUUACUGGGUAUGGAUAUCGUGAAACAAAACUCUCUCUUACCUUUCUAACAACUCGACGGGUGCACUUAUUUAUCCAAUAACCUCACUUUCACGAGCCUUAAUUCUUGGUCUCUCUGUGAAAAUAGUGUUUUUUUUAAAUCCAGACAAAGCUUUUCUUACACGGUUAAGUUGUUUUUUCUUCAGCCAUACCAGCAGAAUGAAACACACGCCACUGUUUGUUUCUCGUCUGAUCUCUCAGCCAGUGUUUGGGUCCGACUGGGUCGCACACUCAGUACCAAGGUGCCAACGUACUAUUCUGAUACACUCACCCACUGCUCUGUUACCUCUCUAAGGCUUUUCUAUAUCACUGUCUUUUUACACUGGCAGCAGGCACUGUAUGCACUGUAUCUUGGGCCAAUUGGUAACUACUGAUACUUUUAAUUCUAACAUCUAAUUCAUUAUUAAGUAUCGAGUCAAUAAUGCAGAUAAGUGUGUAUUGUCGUUCAUUGUUCAAAUAUGUAAGAUCGUUGCCUAAAAUGGUACUUAAAUGUAUAAUCUGAGUGGUGAAACUGGUCCACGUGGAGCUGAUGCAACUUGAAACAAAGUAUUUGUAAAUAUUAGUUGCUCCACUUGUAAGACGUACUGAUAUAAAACAGUAGUAUUUUGCCUCUCGGCUUGAAAUGUGUACACAUAAGGUUUUUGACUUGGUCGAGGCUGAGUGCACGGUGCCAGCAGAGGCCCCCCCACAUGUCUUCCCUCAGCUAUGACAGAAGAAUAACCCUGAGCUUUAUGGUUCUAACAACCCAGUCCAACACACAGUCUAUUCUACAGACCACUCAAAUAUACAGAAGUGGAGAAACCAACGAUAUAAUAAUGAAUUUAUGUGAGGGUUUUUUUUAAAAGAGAAAAAAAUGUACACUAACUAAUAUUGACCUUUUCUGUGAGGUGUGGUGCAAUAACGUUAAGUCACUGGCCACGUUGUAAGAAAAGAGGCCAUGUUCAUAUCUAUCUAUAGCUCUGGUUGUUUGAGUUAUACCUACAUCCUGACUUUAGCACUUACUGAAACUCCCAUCAUACGUAAACACAUGCUCGUCUGAAGUGCACACUGCUGUCACUGUUUCUGAUGUCUCUGCUGUAAUCAGGUCACAGACCAUCUCUGAGAACAUUUACUGUAAGAUACACACUCACUUGUAGUUACCUACUGACCUAUUCAGCUUUCAGUAUCGAGAGCAAACCUGUGAACGGCGUGAAACGUUACUAAAUGCUACCUAAAACUGCAGUAUUUUUACUCUACGCAACUUUUACACGUCUCUGCUGUAGUGUAGACCUCUAGAUAAGCAUGGGCUGCCUUGUAUUUGAAUACCUCUCAGAUUCUGCGAUGAUACAGGGUGUCUAAGCCAUACUGGUUUUAAUACCAAGAACAAAUAUGUACUGAAAGUCUUUAUUAAGUGUUUUUAUACCAGAGGGAUUAUUAUUAUUACUAUAUCAGAUAAGUAGCAUCUUAUUAAAAAGAAGUCUGACUGUGAUUGUCAAAAAGAGAUUCAACUGGUAUAUAUAUAUAUAUAUAUAUAUAUAUAUAAAACAGUGCCAUUAUGAGAUCAGACACAAAUAACUCAGCAGAAAUAUCAACUUGUCUGUAAACUAUGAACAUUUUUACGCAUGUGCACUGAGAUUUUUUCCUUUUUUUAUGACCUGAGUAAAGCGUCAUCCAUGUUCAGAAGUAACCACUGAGCUCAAUCAACCAAUCCUGAGGUGCUGCUCUACCCCAGAUUUAACUGUGUUGUCCACUAAUCAAAGUUUCACCACAGCUCCCAGUAGGAAGUGGAAAAUAUCUUGUUUGACCUAAAUGGUUUAGAUUCAAUCUAAAGCCACUGUUACUAAGAUAAGUUUAAUUUAAAUGUUUGUUUGUUUUUUCUGUAUUUUGCUCAGUGGUUUAACUGUGAUCGACCUGCUGCCAAAACACUGAGACUGAUGUGAGACACUGAGCAUGUCACUGUGAGACAAAGCAACACCUGUAGUAGUAGUGGCUCUCCUUCAUAUCAGGUGGUCUUCAUGAGUCCGGUUGUCACGGAAACCUAAAUGUUCAUAUGUCCAUCUUCUCUGAAUGGGUUUAAGAUUCUGUUUGUCCAUGUUGGCUUUAAGUUGCAGUUUGUGACUUUCCAUGCACAUGUUAACUACCUGAUGGACUUAAAGCAACACUAUGCAACUUUUACUGAGCAACAGCGCCCUCUGCAGCCACACGUGGUGACUAAUUCUGUUGGGCUCCGACCGCACAGUCCCACUCACUGCACUGAAACAAAAACUUAAGGGUGGAUAUUACCCAUGAUCCCCGGCUUCCUGAACCAGAGGAGCCACCGUUCUAACAAAUACACCAAACUUUGUUUAGAAUUCUAGAUGUUUUAAAAGUUUCCAGGCUGAAUAUCAAAGAAAAACUGGUUUGAGUAAUUUUAACUGAUCUACAGUUCGGCAUUACUCUUAAACUUGCUGGUUAACGAUUCUGGGGAAUUUAACUGACGACUAUCUGUCAGUUACAGAUCAUACCUGCUCACCAAAGUUACACAGUGCAAGAACAAGUGGUACUUAUGAAGCUGCUAUUUUAAAGUAAAAAAAAGUUAAGUAGUGUUGCUUUAAAGUCUUUGAAGGAAAAGUAAUAAUCAGCCUAAUAAUUAUUAUCGAACUUUUGAAUGAAACCUUUCAAAUUAAGCUCUGAUGUCUUGACUGUAUACGUCUGUUCUGAUAACCAACCUCUGAGCACUGUGAACUAUACAAUAAAUGUUUUUCAAUUAACGUCA